AUGUCGGCUCAACAACUACAGAUUCCGCAGGUUACUGAGCAUGACUUGCGCCUCUUCCACGACAAGCAUUUUGCUUCCUUGAGCGCUGGAGCCUCCAACAGGCACCGCGAUGCUCACGUAGAUCUGGAAGAAAACUACGGUGACGAUGGUCUCGGCUACUAUCCUGACGGCGUCAAGCGCACACUCACCGAUGACCAAAUUGCCAUGUUCAGACACAGUGAGAUCCAAGCUCUUCUGCGAGAGCGGAGACGAAGACGCGAAAACUCAGAAGGCGGAACCAGCCAUGAUGCAUCUAAAGAAUCUAUCCAGCCGGUAGGUGAUACUAGAUCGCCAGCCACAGCCGACGAUACCGACAGGCAGCGCUCUGCCAGCACAUCGGGCUCUCAAGGCGUAGGCAAACGAAAAUGGCAAAGGUUUAUCGAUUCGUCCGAAUCGAAUCCUGAGCAUUUGACUCACCGCAGGAUCGCCCGCGAACUGGAUGAGCAAAAGGCAAGUUCGAUUGACUUGGCUUAUGGCGACGAUGAAGACUCGACGUAUCCAGCAGCCACAGAGAAGCGAUCAAAUGCCGUCUCCGACGCACCGGAUCGCCGGGAGCAAGUCACAUAUGAUGAGCCCGCGUCAGUACUGUCAGCUUCGGGAAGUUCAAAUAACCCAAAGUUCAUGUGGCCGACACUAGGAGCAAAGGAUGGCAGCUCGGGAGACUGA